GAAGCAGCAUGAGCUCUUCUGUUGUAAGCUCUGCUUGAAACAUCUGAAGAUCUUUUCUCAUGAGCGGAAGUGGUACAAUCGUAAGGAGCUGGCACGUCACAGAGCGCACGGAGACCCUGACGACACCAGUCAUAGAGGACAUCCGCUCUGCAAGUUCUGCGACGAUCGUUACCUCGAUAACGACGAGCUGCUGAAGCACUUGCGCAGGGACCACUACUUCUGUCAUUUCUGUGAUGCAGAUGGAUCUCAGGAAUAUUAUAGUGAUUAUAAAUAUCUGAGCGAGCACUUUAGAGAGAGUCACUAUCUGUGCGAGGAGGGUCGCUGCGCCACCGAACAGUUCACGCACGCUUUCAGGACCGAGAUCGACUACAAGGCCCACAAAGCUGCAGCACACAGCAAGAACCGAGCGGAGGCUCGACAGAACCGCCAGAUCGACCUGCAGUUUACSUACGCUCCGAGACAACAGAGGAGAAAUGAAGGUCAGGUGUCAGGCGAGGACUACGAGGAGAUGCGCCACAAUCGAGGAGGACGUGGAAGGCCACAGAUGGGACAGAAGAGCUGGAGRUAUUCUCGUGAAAGGGAGGAGGAGGACAGGCAGAUGGAAGCUGCUUUGAGGGCUUCCAUGGCGAUGCGGAGACAAGCGGAGAGAGCUGCUGUGCAGGAGAGGAACACUCCCAAACACUGCAGAGAGGAAAGGAUGGAGAGAGUGGAAGCAGAGGAGCCCAAACCUCUGACAAAACAUCUCAAAACAACUACCAAGCCCCCAGUGAAAACGAUGAAGAGCACCAAUCCAGGAGAUGAGGAUGACUUCCCUGUUUUAGGAGCCACAGCAGGAGCAGCCAGUGUAAAGCCAGCUCCGGUGGGCCCCCCAGCAGCUCAGGCAGCGCUGAAGGAAGACGACUUCCCCAGCCUCUCAAGCGCUGCAGUUUCAGCCCCGAUGACCCCAGCGUACUCCGGACAGACGAAGAAGACCUCAUCAUUUCAAGAGGAAGAUUUCCCCGCGCUCGUCUCUAAAGUGCGACCUUUCAAACCUGCAGCAGGUACCAACUUGGCGUGGUCCAGCCAUACUGCUGCCCCUAAAACAAACACUCAUCAGCCCCCUCCCACCAGAGCACCCCCUCCCGUCUCCUCUGCAUCCUCCGGCCCUCAGCUCCUCUCAUCCUCAAACUCAUCCACUUCACGCAGGAAAAAGAAAGUCGGGGAGAAUGGAAAAGCAGCACCUCAUCAUUCUCCUCCUCUCUCUGACGAUGAGAGCGGAGGAAUGACGCAGCAGGAGUUCCGCUCGGUGCCCACCAUGUUGGAUAUCUCCUCUCUGCUCACUGUUAAAGGAGGAAACAGCAAACCGUCCACUGGGACCUCCACUUUUUCCAAUCCAACCCCCAACACGGAUCAGCCCACGUCUAAGUCCAACAAAAAGAAAAAGCAGAAAAGCACGACUGCUUCCUCUGCUUCUGUGUCCACGAUGUCCGGGGGGACAGCAACUGAAGACACGAGGUCAGUAGAAACGACGGCGCAGAAGGAGAACAGACCGGAGAAGACUCGGAACAAACCAACCUCUAACGCUGCUCCAGUGCCUGUUGUGAACGGAGUGGCCAAGGGCAGGGCUGAUACUCCUCCCGCUGUUUGUAGAGAUCMACCAGUGGUGACCCCCUCCCCCUGCACAGAGCCCGCUCCCGAACCGGAGGAAGAGUUCCCUGCUCUCAUAGCAAAGAAACCACCUCCAGGUUUCAAGAGCUCUUUCCCAGUAAAGGCCUCAGCAGCCAGCACACCUGCUGCUAUGUCCAAACCUCCACCUCCACCUGGCCUGGGGAUCUCYGCCCCCAAGCCGCCCCCAGGCUUCACAGGAAUCCCCCUGAACAGCAAUGUGGUGGAGCCUGUGGUCAAUCAGCCCCCCAAGGGGCUUAGCAACGAGUACCUAGUACCAGAUGACUUCCAACAGAGAAACCUGGAGCUGAUCCAGUCCAUUAAAAAGUUCCUCAACAAUGACGAGUCAAAGUUCAACCAGUUCAAAAACUAUUCUGCUCAGUUCAGACAGAGUUUGGUACCAGCAGCCCAGUACCACCGCAGCUGUAAGGACCUGCUGGGAGACAACUUCAGCUGCAUCUUCAACGAGCUGCUGGUGCUCUUACCGGACACGGGGAAGCAGCAGGAGCUCCUGGCUGCCCACGGAGACUGCAAGGCUCUGGAGAAGCAGUCGGGCGCUGGGGGAGGGAAGAAGAACAAGAACGCCUGGCAGACGCCCACCACGUCGGCCAACACGGCAGCUGAGCUGGACUGUCAGGUGUGCCCCACCUGCAGACAGGUGCUGGCCCCCAAAGACUUCAGCUCCCACAAGACCUUGCACAUCGGUGAAAAUGAGGAGUUCCCUUCCUUGCAGUCGAUUAGCCGCAUCAUCAGCUAGCCCCCGUCACGUUGCUCAGUUUGCCGUCGUGUGGGGGGUAAAGUUUCUGUUGCUUUGCAGCAGCCAGUGUGGGAAAACGGCAGCCUGUCUCCUGUUUGACCACGCCCCUGAAGGGCCUGAGGCCCCACUCUCAUAACGACAGCUGCUUUUCUCUUUGAUGAGGAUUACGUUGUUGGGUUUGUGUGGACGAGUUUCCUGAUCAGACAAGAGAACGCUAAACAUUUCUACUCGCAUCCUGUGAGGAUGUCUCCAUCGGGCACUCACAGUUAGAGCGUCAUAUCUGAACUCUGAAUUUAUUGAAAGCAGAGAUUUUAUUGCUGCCUAACACAAAAACUAAAAAGAUGACAUUCUUUUUUUGCAUUUUUGAUUUCACGUAAACAGAGAAUGACUUGUUUCUGUAACAUUCGACUUGAUCAAUAUGCAUGGUGGCGGUGCUGCUCUGUGAAAUAACUUUAAGAUGUUCUGUUUAAAUAAUUAGCAUCAUAUUUAUUGAAGUGUAUGCUUGUUUAAUUGCGAAGUUUUUGUUGCUCUAAGUAGAGGAAGACCUAAUAGAUUGUUGGUAAGAAAGCUGCAAACCAAGAUUGAGUAAAUUUCUGUUCUUAAUAUGGGAUCUUUUUGUACGCGUUAAACCGUUCGCCACUGAGUUCGGCAUAUCUGUUGAUAAAUUGGCUCAUCUGGGCUGUUGUGUUGCACAAAGUUUCAAAUGGAAAAUAAACUAAACGACAAAUCAG